AAAUUGGCAUCAGAGCCCUUUUCUUGAGGGACCUGUAAAAUGGAUGCUGGAUCAAGCUUCUCACAUGUUGCUACUCAUGUCUUUGAUGGGGAAAGCUAUGACCUUUGGGCUGUGAGAAUGGAGUCCUACCUAGAUGCUUUAGAUCUGUGGGAAGCCGUGGAAGAGGAUUAUGAAAUACUUCCGCUGCCGAAUAAUCCUACCAUGGCUCAGAUCAAAAGUCACAAUGAGAGAAAAACAAGAAAGGCAAAGGAAAAAGCUUGUCUUUUUACUGGCGUUUCAAAAACGAUCUUCCCCAGAGUCAUGACACUCAAAACUCCCAAAGAAAUUUGGAACUACCUGAAGGAAGAAUAUGCAGGAGAUGAGAGGAUUCGAAGCAUGCAUGUGUUGAACUUGAUGAGGGAAUUUGAGUUACAAAGAAUGAAGGAGUCAGAGACAAUUAAAGAGUACUCAGACAAAUUGUUCACCAUUGCCAACAAGGUAAGGUUGCUGGGCACUGAAUUUCCUGAUUCCAGGAUUGUACAAAAAAUCCUUGUAACUGUCACUGAGAAAUAUGAAGCUUCUAUAGCAAGCAUGGAGAACACAAAGGAUCUUUCGCAGAUCACUUUGGCCAAGGUGUUACAUGCACUCCAAGCACAAGAGCAAAGAAGGCUUAUGAGGCAAGAAGGAACUACAGAGGGUGCCUUACAAGCCAAACUGCAAAACAACAACGGUGGAAGAAACAAGAAGAAGAAGCAGAACAAUUUCAACAAGGCUAGAGGUUCUAACAAGUACCACCAGAAAAACAAUACUCAGGUUUCUCCACCUUGUCCUCACUGCAAAAAGACAAAUCAUCAACCAAAAUGGUGCUGGUGGAGGCCAGAUGCAAAAUGUCUCAAGUGUGGCCAGCAAGGACACAUGGAAAAGGUAUGCAAGUCUCAUAAACAACAAGGAGAAGUCAAGGUUGCUGAGGAUCAACAAGAAGAUGAAAAAUUGUUUGCAGCAACAUGCUUUGCUGCCAAAAGCUCCACCAAAUGA